UAUUGUGCUGUGUCCAAAUCUCUCACAGAAAACAAAGAAAACGAAGAACUCAGUAGAAGACCACCACCUCUUCUCUUCCAAAUCCAAAGAUGGCUGCCUCCUCAUCCCACCUCACAUGCUCCCUCCUGCUACUCACCUUCAUCACAUUCACAAUCUCUCCUGUCACCGCCACCGACCACAUUGUAGGCGCUAACCGUGGCUGGAACCCCGGCCAAAACUACACUCUUUGGGCCAACAACCAAACAUUCUAUGUCGGCGAUUUCAUCUCAUUCAGGUAUCAGAAGAACCAGUACAAUGUGUUUGAGGUGAACCAAACUGGGUAUGACAACUGCACUACUGAAGGGGCUUUUGGGAAUUAUAGUAGUGGGAAGGAUUUCAUAAUGCUGAAUAAGACAGGGAGACACUACUUCAUUUGUGGUAAUGGACAAUGCUUCAAUGGGAUGAAGGUCUCUGUUGUUGUCCAUCCUCUUGCUGCUCCUCCUACCUCAUCGACUGGAGAACAUUCAACGCCAAAAUCUUCUGCUCCUGUGGUCUUGGAACGGGGUCUCUGGUCUCUAUUAUUGUCUAAUUUAGCUUGGUUUGGAUUUGUGUGUUGGAUCUAGAAAAUGUGUAGCUCUGAUAAGCAUGCUAGUUUUCUCAUUUGCUUUCUGAUUAUUGUUUCUUAUGAAUAUUCCUAUUUAUUUUGGAUUCAUACACCAUUACCAACUCAAUUGGCAUUGUGUUUGGAAAUUCUUUCUUCAGAAUCAAAUUGGAAAUUUGGUAA